AUGCCAUUGAGAUUUCGAAGAAAACGUAUAUUUUUCGUCUUUUUCCUCUUUCUUUCAAUAAUUUACUUGAUAAAUCAACAGAUCGAAUACUCAGUAGACACUAAUGAGGUAAUACAUCGAGAGGAGAAACAUGUAUCAUCAUCUACGCCACGAAUACACGGAAAACUCGUCGAUAUCCUAGGAAGAAAAGUUCAGAAAAUCGAUUGGCAUGAUUAUGCGGCCAUAGCUCGUGAUACUGCUCGAACAGGUUUGGGUGAGGGUGGUGCAGGUGUUGAACCAAGUACACAAGAACGAAAUAGUGCUGUGUUUCAACAACUCUAUCGAGAAAAUGGCUUUAACGCUUUUAUAUCUGAAAAUAUCUUCGUUCAUCGGUCAAUAAAAGAUAUCCGACAUCCAGACUGUAAAAAGAAACUCUAUCUGGCUGAAUUACCCUCCGUUAGCAUUAUCAUCCCCGUUCGUAAUGAACAUCUGACUACGUUACUACGAUCGAUUUAUAGCAUAUUAAAUCGAACACCACCAAAACUUCUGACGGAAAUCAUUCUUGUUGAUGAUGCCAGUGUGAAAGCUAAUUUGAAAUCGCCGCUCGAUAAUCAUAUCGCUAAUCUAACCAAAGUUCGCAUUAUUCGUCUUCAGAAUCGUGAAGGACUCAUCCGUACGCGAUUAGCUGGUGCUCGUGAGACUAAAGGUGAUGUACUGAUAUUUUUUGAUUCACACAUCGAAGUUAAUAUUAAUUGGCUUCCUCCAUUAAUUGAACCGAUUGCUAUGGAUUAUAAAACAAGUGUUUGUCCGCUCAUUGAUGUGAUUAAAUGGGAAACCUUUGCCUACGUUGCACAGGAUGAAGGUGCUCGAGGUGCAUUCGAUUGGCAGAUGUAUUACAAACGGUUACCGUUGUUACCCGGUACUGUUGAAAAGCCAACUGAACCGUUUGAUGACCCAGUGAUGGCCGGCGGACUUUUUGCAAUUAGUAAAAUAUGGUUUUGGGAAUUGGGUGGUUAUGAUGAAGGUUUGGAUGUUUGGGGUGGUGAACAGUAUGAAAUGUCAUUUAAAAUCUGGCAAUGCGGAGGACGUCUUGUCGAUGCGCCUUGUUCGAGAGUGGGACAUAUCUAUCGACAAUUUAAUCCACAUGGUGGUUUCGAUUUUGGAGACUACCUAUCACGAAACCAUAAAAGAGUAGCCGUCGUUUGGAUGGAUGAAUAUGCUGAAUACAUAUAUAAACGAAAUAGUCGAAUACGGCAUGUAGAUGCAGGCAAUAUUAAAAAACAAGUGGCUUUGAGAGAAAAGCUACGAUGUAAAUCUUUUAAAUGGUUUAUGGAAAACGUUGCAUUCGAUCUUCCUCAAUAUUAUCCACCUGUUCCACUUCCAGCAUACGCUGAAGGAGAAAUUCGUAGUACAGCUGCAGAUCUAUGUAUAGACACAAAACAUGCUGGAGAACGUGGAACAUUCGGUCUUGAUGAUUGUGUGAAAGAUCAGCAAGGAAGAAGUGGCGAACAGAACUUUGAAUUGAGUUGGCGACAAGAUAUUCGACCCAAAAGUCGCGAAAUUUGUUUCGACGUUCCCAGUCGGGGCAAACGUACACCAGUGGUGCUCUUUAAUUGUCAUGGUAUGCGUGGUAAUCAACAUUUCGUUUACAAUCCUAACAACUUCCAUAUUCUACAUGUUGCUACUAAUUUCUGUUUGGAUUGUGAUGUGGAUAGCAAGAUGAUCUUUAUGGAUGAAUGUGAAGUAGAGAAGAAAACGCAACAAUGGAAGUUUUCUUCUUACAAUGAUACAUUAAUUCUUAAGGAUCUGCAAAAGUUUUUCUAG